AACAUUUUUCAAAUCAAAAUCAUUAGUGUGCCCCGGGCAUUGUAAUAAACACUGCCCAGAGGGCUAAUAUUUUGAUCAAUCUUCUGAAUAAAACACAAAAAAAAAAAAUCGAAAAAAAAACCCACAAAUUAUUGUAAUUUCUUAAAUCAUAGGGAUGGCUGGAGGUGCAAUAGAAAAUAAAAACCAUGAGCAAAAGAAGAAGUUCGCUGCUCUCGGUGUAUCUUCGAUCUUACUUAUCGCCAUGGUUGCUGCGGUGGCAGUAGGUAUAUCGACCGAAGAUGCUACCGAAGAAUUAGGAGGAGGUCAUGGUAGUGGUAACCAAAUUUCAAAAUCACAAAAAAAUGUACAAAUACUCUGUGAUGCAGCAGAGUACAAAAAAACCUGCGAAAAGAGUCUUGAAAAAGCUUCAACAGAAACCUCAGACAUGAAGGAAUUGGUGAAAGCAGCAUUCAAUGCAACAGCUAAUGAACUCUUGAAACAGAUUGAUAACUCAACACUUUACCAUGAAUUAGCUACCAAUGACAUGACAAAACAAGCUAUGGAAAUUUGCAAAGAAGUCCUUGGUUAUGCAGUUGAUGAUGUUCAUCAAUCAAUUAAUACAUUGGAUAAAUUUGAGCUAAGUAAGCUAGAUGAAUAUGCUUAUGAUCUUAAGGUUUGGCUCGCAGGUACACUUACUCAUCAACAAACAUGUUUAGAUGGAUUUGAGAACACAACUACUCAUGCAGGACAAACCAUGGCUAAGGUUCUUAACACAUCUUUGGAGCUAAGUAACAAUGCUUUUGAUAUUAUAAGUGGAGUUGCAGAUAUUAUGAAAAGUCUUAACUUGAGUUCUUUAGCAAGUUCCAUAAAUCAUAGGAAACUUUUGUCUGAUGAUGAUGGUUUACCAACAUGGGCUAGUCAAACUCAAAGGAAACUUCUUGUGGCACCUGAGAGUAUUAAGCCUAAUGUUGUUGUUGCUCAAGAUGGUACUGGACAGUUUAAGACUUUGACUGAGGCACUUAAACUUGUUCCUACUAAGAACAAGGUUCCUUUUGUCAUUCAUGUUAAGGCUGGUGUCUAUAAUGAGUAUGUUACUUUGGAUAAACAUAGGGACCAUGUUACUAUUAUUGGUGAUGGUCCUACAAAGACCAGAUUUACUGGCAGCAAAAACUAUGUUGAUGGUGUUCAGACUUACCUCACUUCAACAUUCAGUGUGAACUCUGCUCAUUUCAUGGCCAUCAACGUCGGAUUCGAGAACUCAGCAGGAGCUGAGAAGCACCAAGCAGUAGCCCUCCGUGUAACAGCAGACAAAGCAAUCUUCUACAACUGUCACAUGGACGGUUUCCAAGACACACUAUACGUACAAUCAAAAAGACAAUUCUACCGCGACUGUACGGUGACAGGAACCAUCGACUUUGUCUUUGGUGAUGCUGUCGGAGUUUUCCAAAACUGCAAGUUCAUCGUCAAAAAGCCAUUGGAAGAUCAACAAUGCAUGGUAACAGCAGGCGGAAGAACCAAACCCGAAAGUCCAUCUGCCCUUGUUUUCCAAAACUGUCAUUUCACCGGUGAACCAGAUGUAGCUACCUUGGACCCCAAGAUAGCAUAUUUGGGUAGACCAUGGAGAAAUUACUCCAAGGUUGUUAUCAUGGAUUCUGAUAUUGACGGUAUCUUUGUACCACAAGGUUAUAUGCCAUGGAUGGGAAGCGCUUUUGAAGACACAUGUACUUAUUACGAAUACAACAAUAUCGGUGCUGGUGCUAACACUGCAGGAAGAGUGAAGUGGCCUGGUUUUAAAGUCCUUACUGCCCCUGAAGCUGGUGAUUAUUAUCCAGGAAAGUUUUUUGAACUUGCUAAUUCAACUCAGCGUGAUGUUUGGAUUGUUGAAGCUGGAAUUCCUUAUUCAAUUGGACCAAAACCAGCUGGACUACUUACACCUGCACCACAAUAAUUUAUUUAAUUAAGCUGCUUAAUUAAAUUUAAGCUACCUCUUAAUAUAUAAUAAUAAUAUGUAUAUGUAUAUGUAUAUGUAUGUAGCCAUCCCUCCAUGCAUGCAUGCUCUCAAUCCUAACCAAUUUCACAUUUUAUAUACAUAUAUAAGUAUAUUGGUGUUUGUUGAUUAUUAUUAAUUAAGUUUCUCCUUCGAUUUUAAUUUACACUUUGUUUUAAUUAUGCUUCAAAUUACACCAUUGAGGUUUUGAGUUCAAUAUGUGAAUAUUGCUUCCACUACAUUUGCAAAAUGUAUAUUUCGUACGUCUUUCUU